AUAAACCGAAAUUCUCCCCUCCCAAUAUGAUAGACAUACCCCUGGCCAAUGAGAGCGCUACCAAUGGUUCUCGCUUUUAUAUAUAUAUUAGCCGUUCCUUGUUGUGUUGUUCAGUUAUUUUCAAUCAUCUAGUCGUUGAACUUCAAAUUUAUUUGUUUUUUUCCAAUUAUCAUGGCACGUACCAAGCAAACAGCCCGUAAAUCAACCGGUGGCAAAGCCCCGAGAAAGCAGUUGGCCACGAAAGCAGCGCGUAAGAGCGCACCAGCGACCGGCGGAGUGAAGAAACCGCAUCGUUAUCGUCCUGGUACCGUCGCUCUUCGUGAAAUCCGUCGUUACCAGAAAAGUACCGAAUUGUUAAUCCGAAAAUUGCCCUUCCAACGUUUGGUCCGUGAGAUCGCCCAGGACUUCAAGACCGAUUUGCGUUUCCAGAGUUCCGCCGUAAUGGCGUUACAGGAAGCCAGUGAAGCGUACUUGGUCGGAUUGUUCGAAGACACCAAUUUGUGUGCUAUCCACGCAAAACGUGUUACCAUCAUGCCGAAGGAUAUUCAAUUGGCCCGUCGAAUUCGCGGGGAACGUGCCUAAAUUGUCUUCUAUUUGUCCCCAAUUUAAAAGGGCCCUUAUUAGGGCCACCAUUUUUU